UUGUUUUUAACUGGACUGGUCACUCUAAGGGACAAUCGAGCGCACUGGUUGCACGUUGCGGCUUUAUUUUACAUAAAUAAAUACGUUUAAACAACACACAAUGUCCACAGUGGGCGCCACAAGUAGCAGCAAUGCUUCCAGCUUGUCGCAGGAGGCUGUCCGCAAGGAGCCCAUCUUCCGGGAGAUAAACGCUGAGCAGACAGACGAAGUGGUAGAGAUCGAGUCUGCCUGCAUGGGAUGCUUCCAGACGGGAGUCACCCGCCUGUUGCCCACUAAGAUUCCCUUCUUUCGGGAGGUAGUUCUGAUGUCCUUCAAGUGUGACCACUGUGGAUACACAAACAACGAGAUGCAGUCCGCCUCGGAGAUCCAGAAGUCCGGAGUUCGUAUCGAGCUGGAGGUGAAAACCGUUGCCGAUCUUAAUCGAAGAGUUGUGCGAUCGGACAACUCCAGCGUGAGCAUACCAGAGGUGGAGCUAGAGAUUCCAGUGCAAUCGCAAAAGGGCGAGGUGACGACCGUGGAGGGAAUCAUCGAAAGGACCAUUGCCGGCUUGUCUCAGGAUCAGGACAAGCGGCGGAUAGACCACCCGACGGAAGCAGCUACCUUAGACGCCUAUAUUGAGCGGCUGCACAAGCUCAAGGAGGUUACCACGCCAUUCAGGGUGCUCCUCGAGGACAUCUCCGGCAACAGCUUUAUCGAGAAUCCCCUGGCUCCGGCGUCAGAUCCCCAGCUCAAAACAGCCCAUUUUACGCGUACCAAGGAGCAGAACGAACAAUUGGGACUCUACGAACAGAAUCACGAGGAGCAACAUCUUCUGAAGCCCAUCGCCGAGGACGAGUGGCCUAUAGAGAAUCUUCACGGCGAAGUUCUGCAGUUCCCCACGAACUGUCCCAAUUGCCAGGCGCCCUGUGAAACCAACAUGAAGCUAACGAACAUCCCCCACUUUAAGGAGGUAGUUAUAAUGGCCACUGUCUGCGGAACCUGCGGUCAUAAGACCAAUGAGGUGAAGUCUGGCGGCGGUGUGGAGCCCCAAGGAGUCCGCUUCAAGGUGCGAAUAACCAACAAGGAAGAUCUGACCCGCGAUGUCCUGAAGUCUGAAACCUGCAGCUUAUCGAUACCGGAAUUGGACCUCGAAGUGGGACCUCAUGCGCUGUGUGGUCGGUUCACGACAGUGGAAGGCUUACUGGUGGCUAUGCGAGACCAGCUGGACGGAACAUUCUUUCACGACUCCGCCGAUGAGACGACAAAGCAACAGAUGAAGCGAUUCCUCGAUACCUUUGAGGCAGUCACAAAACUGGAAAAAGUUAUCACGCUAGUCUUGGAAGACCCCGCUGGUAAUACCUACGUGCAAUCAUUAAGCGACGAUGAUGCGGAGCCUGAUGACAAGCUUACUGUGGAGCGGUACGAUCGCUCGUUCCAGGAUAACGAGGAGCUGGGUCUGAACGACAUGAAGACAGAGGGCUAUGAGCAGGAUGCGUGAUUGUGAUGAUCAAUUGUAACACAAUGGACUCGGCCGGACUCUGCAUUUACCAAUAAACCUUAAAUCAAAAGUGUCAA